GACCAAUCAGCAGGACGCGUGCUUUCCAGUACUAGUAGCAAAUCAGGCAGCACCGAUCUGCCAGCAUGGCAUCGUCGAGCGGGCUGCCCAUCCCGCCCAUGGAGGCUGUCCGUAUGCUACUGCUGCAAGAUGGUACGGCGAUUGGCAGCUUCCAGCGGCCUUUGCGGCGCCAUGUCGCAUCGUCCUCGCUGCGCGCCUCUCCGGGAUCGCCACUGUCCCGGCGCACUGCCGUCUGCCUCGUCCUCGAACCCGCCGGCCACUGCUUCUCCGUCAUUGACGCGUCGGCCUUUACGUCUGGCGCGAUCCAGCGCUUUAGCUCGGCCUCAUGCCCGUCCGCCUACAUUCUGCCUCUGCGUGCGCUCCUUGCGUUCCGGAACCUCCAUGCCGGCGACCGCCCCCUCUACGUGCACGAGCAUCAUCUCCAGGACGUGCAGUGGCGCCAAGGACCUCUUCCGACAACCUUUCGCUGGCGCUGCGGUGGCUUCAAGCUCAGCGCGAUGCGGUCCUCCUCUGGCGCCUACGGCUUCGACUCGCUCGACGGCCUCGCCCGCGUCUGCCUGGAUGCCACGGGCACCGUCUUCGACGCGACGCGCUCCGUGCCGGUCGCCACGUCCAGAGCCGACAGAGGACCGCGGACGCGCACCACACGUAUCUCGCAGCGCUUCUUUCGAUCGUCGAUCCCACAGCACUGGGCGUACCCGGCCUCGGUGCUCGUUGCAGCCCACCACGCCCACUUGGCCCACGAGAGCACGUUCACCAUCGACGUCGAUGCGUCAUACAAGACGACGCCAGCACCGACCAAUCAUGCGUUUAGCGUGCGGCCGCACUGGGCCGCUGUCGCCAUGCGCCCUGACGAGCUGCCGACGCCAGCCCUUGUCGCUGUCGACGUCUACGACGUGGGCCAGCACGUACAGGUGCCGGCAACCACACUGCGCCGCCCGCUAGUCGCCGAGUGGACGCGAGACGCGUCGUUCCACGUUCUGCCCACGAGCGUCCACGCGCUGCUCACCGCCGACACGUCGAUCCUCGUUUUUGCCAAAGGCUUUUUCAAGCACUAUACGUCCGAAGCGCCGUUUGAACAUUGCUUCACCCUCACAUCCGUGCCGCCACCGACGACGUCUCGGCCCCUCUACGACCUGACGGCGAUUUGCAACAAUAUGGCGUUUCUACAUGAAAGCGCAAGCCAGCUGCGACCCGCGCCGUCGGCGCCGUCGCCAGCAACCAUCGAUGCCAACGCGAUCGUGGAGGACCAGACGACGGCCGUCGGGCGCUUCCGAGCCUUUGGCGACGGUCGAGUUCGCGUCGUCUUUACGGACCGCACGAUCGUCGCCACAGACGCGGCGGCGUCAACAGCGUCACUGCUUCUAUCCACUGGCGUGUCCGUGUCCAUCUUGCUCAGCGCACCGCCAGACGCCUAUCUACCGUACAACGCUGCCUCCAACUCUCGAGAAGUCUAG